AGUACAAAUUGAAGACCAUAUUAGUCAAAGAGUCCCAGAUUGAUGAGCCAACAUGCCUCAAAAGAGGACAAGCCACCUAUUAACGCACCUUCGCUCUUUGAUGAAAAACACGACUUAUGUUCCCCAAGCUAUUAAUGCCUACAUCAUUCCAUCAGGGGAUGCUCAUCAGAGUGAAUACAUAGCAGAAUGUGAUGAACGCAGAGCCUUUAUCUCAGGUUUCACAGGGUCAGCUGGAACAGCAAUUGUGACAGACUCUGCUGCUGCUCUGUGGACUGAUGGUCGAUAUUAUUUGCAAGCAAGACAGGAGAUGGAUGAUAACUGGAUCCUGAUGAAGCAAGGAAUUCCUAGCACCCUUACUGAAGCCAAGUGGCUUAGCAAGACCUUAAAUGUUGGUUCAGUUGUCGGGGUCGAUCCAUAUCUUGUGGAAUCAGAAUGGUGGCGAGACCUUGCAAAGGAACUACAGGGAGCUGGGCAGUCAUUAAUUCCAGUAUCAAAGAAUCUAAUUGACAUCAUAUGGGAAGACCGUCCAAAACGACCUGUAAAGUCAGUUUUUCCCUUGGAGGUCAAAUAUACUGGUAGGAGUGUUGCAGAAAAGCUUCAAGAACUGAGAUGUAAACUAGUAGAAGAAAAUGCUGCCAUGAUUAUUAUCACAGCACUUGAUGAAAUUGCAUAUUUGUUCAACCUGCGAGGAUCAGACAUCGACUACAAUCCAGUCUUUUUUUCUUAUGCUGCAGUGACUAAUAAUGAAGCAUAUCUCUUCAUUAAUUUAUCACAGCUUACAGGGGCUGCCAAGGAUUCCCUAAAAGCAGAAGGAGUUAACAUAAAGAUACUGCCAUAUGAAGAACUGUCACUUUUCAUUGAAAAUGAGUUGGCAACAUUGUCUGGGAAAGUUUGGGUAUCAAAUCACUCUUCUCAAGCCAUAGCUCAGAUGGUGCCAAAGGAAAAGAGAAUUGUCAAGUUGUCACCCAUUGCCCUAAUGAAGGCGGUCAAGAAUGAGACUGAAAUCAAUGGAAUGCAAGCAUGCCAUAUUCGUGAUGCAGUUGCUCUGUGUCGAUACUUUUGCUGGUUAGAAAAAGAGGCAAUAGCUGGCACACAAACAGAAAUCUCUGCUGCAAAUUACCUCCAAAAACUACGCGAAGAUCAAGAAGACUUUGUGGGCCUGAGCUUUUCUACAAUUUCAUCAGUGGGACCUAAUGCAUCAAUUGUCCACUAUGAACCUUCACCAGAAACUGAUCGCAAGAUAACCACGGAGGAAAUAUAUCUAUGUGAUUCAGGCGGACAGUACAAAGAUGGUACUACAGAUGUAACUCGAACAAUGCACUUUGGUAUCCCCUCCAAAUUUGAGCAGGAAUGCUUUACGAGAGUUUUAAAAGGAGUCAUCAGCAUUGCAUCCUGUAUCUUCCCAUCUGAAGUCAAGGGCAAUUGUCUGGAUACAUUAGCUCGUAAAGCUCUUUGGGACGUAGGACUAGAUUAUGGACAUGGAACAGGACAUGGUUUAGGGAUGUACCUAAAUGUCCAUGAAGGUCCAAUGGGAGUUUCAUGGCGCUCUUACCCAGAUGAUCCAGGCCUUAAAGAAGGGAUGUUUUUAUCUGAUGAGCCUGGGUAUUACGAAGAUGGGAAGUUUGGUAUACGUAUUGAAAAUGUUGUAAGGGUAGUGAAAGCUGAAACACCUUAUAACCAUAGAGAUAGAGGGUUCUUAACAUUCAAGACCAUUACUUUUGUCCCUAUUCAGACUAAGUUAAUUGACCCAUCGCUGCUGACGAAGAAAGAGGUUGAUUGGUUAAACAGUUAUCACAUGGAAUGUAGAAAUAAAGUUGGUGAAUUACUACUACAACAAGGUCAUCAAGAGGCUUAUAAUUGGUUGGUUAGGGAAACACAGCCAAUUGGUUAAAAUUAAGUGUGUAGAUGACAUUGAAUAUUUGAUUUUGGGCAAAGAGCAAAGCAAAAGAGAGUUGGUUAAUCAACUCUCAUAUAUUAGUCUAACUCAGUUACUUUUAUCAGAAUACAAGUGAUUAAGUAAAACCAAGCAGCUUAAUGAAAACUGAUACAUAAACGACAAAAAGCAUGCAAAUAUUUCAGUUACAAAAACUCAUUUAAUUAGUGAUCUUAUGCUCAGGUGCCUGCCUUAUAAUACACACCCAGCAGCUGCUUCCCACAUCCAAUCUGUUGAAAUGGGUAAUUUGUAGUGUUCAUUUUGGUGAUGAUUUCUUUCCUCUAAACCCAGGCUUUGGCAUUCUCUCUUUGCUUCCAUAUAUCAAGAUGAUGAUAAUCUUCCAUUUUAUAAAGAUUCGAGAUUACUGUAUUGCUUCCUUUAGGGUUAGGUCACACUUUUUUUUUCCUGAAUAAAAAUAUAUUUAAUUUUUACUGAUGGGAGUCACCAUUGAGAAUUAGCAAAUUUUUAACAAGAUGACAACUAAUAUAACAGCUGUUUUCAAUUUGCUUGUUUAUGUCAGUCAGGUUUCUAGGUCUAUUAAUUAGUCAAAAGCUAAUUUGGAUGUAAUAUGCAUUAUCAUUGGAAUUAUACUGACACAGCAUAAGCAGCUUAGCCUAGUAUAUGUAUACCAAAAGGGAAAAUUGCACAUUAAGCAUAGCCUGAUGUGAUCUACCAAAAAUCCAACUUACACAAUACAGGAGAUAUGUGAUGGAAUAAUUUUUUCAGAACAGGAUGUACAGAAGUACUGGUAAUCAUAACCCCUUGGCCUACAUAAAAAUAAUAAUGCAGGAUGACUUUUUUGGAAAAUUUUUGUAGGAAAAAAUGCAUUGUAUAUGGCUGGAAAUACAUAAUACUAUAAAAUAUAUGAA